AUGGCAACAGUCAUGCACGGUCGACGAAAGGGGCAGCCAAGAGGUAUUACCGUUUACAUUUUAUAUUGUUAUUGUCUCGACUUUUUUAAGUCAGUUUCAAUAAACUAAAUCAAAUCUAUUCAUUAUCAUUAAGCCUAAUAAUUGAUGAUAAUGAUAGUAAUUAAUUAAUUAAUUCUAAUUCAGUUUCAAUAAACUAAAUCUAUUCAUUAAGCCUAAUAAUUGAUGAUAAUGAUAGUAAUUAAUUAAUUUAUUCUAAUUCAUACUUAGUUACUAGUUACUAGUACUACACGAACUAGACUAGAGUCUGGUAAAAUGAUACUGCACUGAUCAUUGAUGCAGUGAUAGUCUAAAGUUAAGACUUAAGUUUAAGAGACUUAAAACAACAUAACUGAUGAAUGGGUAAAUACUAAAUAUGCUUCUACUACCAAGUGUCUGUUUAUAAAUUUUGCGCUAUGACAAGUUUUAAUUUUUGAUACUACUGGUACUAAGUAAAAUGUUAGGAAUAGUGAAAGCUUACCAUGACCAUAGCCAAAGUUUUAGUUUAAUUAAUAUUUAAUUCAUGUGGCAUGUAAUUGUAAUUUUUAACAGUAGCAUGUUAUUUUUACCUUUCAUUAUAAUUUUAUCAUGAUAUAAAAUAAAAUAUAAUAUAAUUUACAUGAUUAAGAUCAAACUCAAAUCUCUAUCUUCUACUUUAAGACUAGUAUUGUAUACUGCAAACUGAAAAAUAAAUAUACUAUUGAUUACUAUUUAACUAACUGUAACUUAGCUAACUUAAUUAUUAAUAAUACCAGUAACAUCGUUUGCUACUUAUUAAAAUCAUCUACUAACUUUCUAUUGCCAAAGCUUAUUUUAAAUUUUGUUCAAAUAGAACAUUAACUGUAACAGUUAUAAAUUGUUAUUCCUGACAAGUAUUUACUACAAAAUUAUUGUUUAUGAUAUGCCUCAGAGUUUCAAUUAAAUUACAAAGUCAAAAGUGAAGGUAAAUUUGUAAAGAUUUCUAGGUCUCAAAAUAGUUAAAAUGAGCAUAUCCAAGGAGGCCACCGGACCCCUCUUUAUCUGGGGGGGGGGGGGGGGUAAUAUCCCCCCCCGAACCCCCCUGGGGUGGGUCCGGUUUUUCCAGUUCUUUAAAAUGGGCCUAUCCAAGGAGGCCCCCGGCCCCCUCUUUUUCUGGGGGGGGGGGGUGUAAUAUCCCCCCCCGAACCCUCCUUGGGUGUGUCCAGUUUUUCCAGUUCAUCAAGCAAUGUAGGUGCUUUUUUACACCCCCCCCCUCCCAUCGUCACAAAAAGUUAGACCCCCCUCAAAUAGACCCCCACAAUCCUCUGCACCCGCCUUCAUAAGAAACCCUCUUUACACUACUGUCCUUUAUAAACCCUUAAAGAAAUUCACCUCCAAUGGAUAUCAGAUAACUGCACCUGGGACAGAAACAUUUCCCCUAGGCUCUAGAGCAGAACCCUGAGGUGCCAGAGACCCAGAAAUUGUAUCUGCUGCCAUUGCUAGUUGUUGCUGCAUUUAAAAAAAACGGUUUUUAUGCAUUUUGAUGAGCAGCAGUAUAUGUUUUUGUGGUGAAUUUCAUUUGUGCCAUACUUGUAUUAGUAAAUUUUUUAUAUUGUUUCUAUUUCUAGUAUAGUUAAUUGGAGAAAAAAAAACACUAAAUUAUUUAAUUAUCAUAAUUUAAAAUUUUUUAUUGCAAUAAAAUUUAUGCAGGAGGCCAGGAGGGGGAAGGUUGCUGAAAAUGUUUUAAAAUUGAUAGGGGAUGCAGCGCUGCAAAGUGGUUAAGAAUACCUGCCCUAGAAUAUCUUCUAGGAUCACCCCCAAGUCAACCAUUUUUUGUUCCAUCCCACUUCACGUGAUAGCCCUUAUUCUAUCACUCACAUCUCUACAUUGAGACAUAAAUUCUCACAACUGGCAGUAUCACUAAACCCAGAUUCUCCUCCUAUGUGGUGUCCUGUAACUUGAUCACAGGCCAAUUUCUGGACCUCACAUACCUGUACUGAUUCUCUAAGGGAUUGUAGUUUAAAAAUAACAUAAUUAUAAAUUAAUUUUAUUAAGUGCAUUUUUCAGUAAUAAUAAUGUUCCACUUGUAAUGGGAUGUCACAUUCCUUAAAUACCCCAGUCGUCACACAUUAUCUCAAAAAUGUGACACCCCCCUCCUUUCUGAACAUGUAUUGUCAUUUAUGGAUGGCCCUUAUUACAUAAUUUAGUUUUAUGUAUCUAGGCUUAUAAUUAUAUAUAAAAAAAUGGUAUAGAAAUAAAUAAAUAUAUUUAUUUAUAAAUACUAGCCAAUAUACCCAGCAUGGCCCUGGAUUGCAUUAGGACCCCAAUCCUGGCGCAGUCCGGUUUCCUGGUGUGAUCCUGAUCACCUACUGAUUGGGAGUUCCAGUUUACUGUUGGAUCUCGUUUCCCAUUAGGAUCCUGUUCCUCUAUGCGAUCAUGCUAAGUGCGAUUUUGUUUGAAUAAGCUUUUAGAUCCCGUUAUAUAUCCCCGUAGAACAAUAUAGAACCUUCUGGAACAUUCUAUAUUAAAUUUAAUAUCCUCCACGAAACGUUUAAAAAAUUAAUUUUCUAUGCAAUUAUUUCUCAAAUGCGAAAUAUUAUACAACUAAAUUGUACUACUUUAACUAUAGUACAUUUAAAUUGAAAAGGGGCCCCGAUGAGGGCCCAUUUAAUAAAAUACUGUUUUAGUUAUGUCUAAGAUUGGGUGGAAGGAGGGGGCUAUAAAAAAUCAUUCAAAUAAAUUAUAGAGUUAAAAUUUAAAAUUUGUCCCAUUAAAAUCGAUUUAAAAAUGCCAUAGAUAUAGCUUUUUUAAAUUAUCGAACUUUCUAGAAAAUUCUAGAUUUGCCCUGCAUGGAUAGGAUAUAAUUAGUUUUAAAUCCACCUAUAUUUCAACACGGACAAAGAAGGGUAUUGCUGCCAAGCUAGGCAUAGAUCCAUGAAUGCACAUAGAACCUACAGUGUUCUCUAAGACUAUUGACAAGUGAUAUUUAUAUAGCUUAAAUAAGGGAAAAUGAAAUGGGGCCCCUGGCCCCAGAGGAAUGGAUAUUAUGAGUUCACUACCCUUCGGGUUUUAAAUAUGGACAAUUAAGUGUAUGUGUACUAAGUUUGGUCAAGAUCCAUCUAUUCAUGUAGGAGUAUUUGUUGUUAAUUUUAUUUAUAUAGCUCAUAUAAGAAAAAAACGAAUUCUGGGCCCCUGGCCACAAACGGAAUGUUAUAAUUAGUUCAUAACCCUUUAAAAGUUUCUUCCGGAUAAUGAUGAAUAUAUAUAUAUAUAAACAAUAUAUAUAUAAACAAUAAACAAGAUCCAUCAAUCCAUUUAAAAGUGUAUGUGGAACAAAUCCACAAACAAACAAACUUUCACUUUUAUAUAUAUAUAUAUAUAUAUAUAUAGUAUUAUAUAAUAUAUAUAUAUGUAAUGAACACUUAUUAAAAUGUAGGAUUUUCAACUUAAAGGAUUAUCCACAAAUAUUCUGUCCUGCAACUAAAAAAUGUAUAAAUGCAUUAAAAUUAUAUAGCAAUAAUGUAGCCCUAUUGGCAGAGCUAAAUUUACCACUAUGCCUUAUAAGGCACAAUGUCUCUUUUAAGUCUGUGUUGGCCAACCCAAAUGGCUUCAUGGCCACUUUGAUUGCUAGUCAACUCUUCACAGGUGGCAUGUCAUUGACAUAAAUACCAAAUAAAUGAUUACACAUCUCUGCCUCACAUAAAUAAAUUUUACAAAUUUUAAUCAAAAUAUAAAUAUAAAAUAUUAAUAUGCAAUUCUCUGUUGCAGAUAAAAAAUGUGCCUGUUAUUGCCACUUUAAUUAAUGAAAAUGGGGUGUAGAAAGCCAUCCAAGUAUCCUGAGUGAAAAGUGUCUAAGUGGGGAGGGUCAGGAGGGGGCUGAAUUAAAAAAUUUGGCACAAACCUGAAUUUACUUUUGCAUCACUCUACGUGCAACCAACAAAAAAAAUAAAUAAAUUCUUAAGGAAAUUUAGGUUACCAAAUAAUAAUAUUGUUUUUACUUUUUUUUUUCUAAGAUUACUUUAUAUUCAAAUCUAAUUUUUUUUAAAGCAAGCCAAAAGAGGGGUCAGUACACCAAAAUGGUGCAUACCCUCAUUAUAUAUUUUUCAAAUGUGUGUUUAUUGCCAAGUAUGAAAAUAAUAACUAAUAGAGGGAAGAAAUAAGUUCAUUUGUGAUACAUCCAAUAGGCCACAAUAUUUAUUUAAUGUGGCGAGCCAUAUGCAGCCCCCAGCUGGCCACCCGUGUUUUAAAUUAUUACUUUACUACUUAUUGUAUGGUGAAUAGGCAAACUUUAACAUUGAGUACUAUUACCAGAUUAACUUUAACUCUCUAUUUUUUUAAUAGUAAGCAUAACAUCCUUAAGUUACCUACAAAUAAUCUGAUAUGAUGUUUUAUAUAUUUUUAAUCAUAAGCUGAUUCUGGGAAAAAACUCCCAGUGAAUUCUAAUGCUCACCAUGCUGGAAUGGUGUUACCCGAUGGAACAGACUUAAGGCAGGUAGCAGUGUUGACCAAACAAGACUGGGAUAGGAUCGAACAAGAACUCAAUCGGAAACAAAUCCAAGAUGAAAUGGUGCACAAGAUCAGAGAGGAAAGGGAUGAGCAGAAAAAAAGAUCAAAGGAACUGAUAAAGAACUGGGCUAAUACUUUAGCAGUAAGAACUGAUAUUAUAACUACUUUAAAAUGCAUUUAAUAUUAUCAUUUAGAAUUAUACAAGAUUUUUUUAAAAUUGAAAAUAUAAAAGUUUUAAUGGCAUUCUUACUUAUUUAGGGUCAAAGGCAAAGAAAGCUUGAAGCAAGAAACAUUAGAGAAGAAAAAGAAGAAGAUGAACGCAAGCAAAUUGACAUAGAAGAAGCUAAAUAUCAAGCACAACAGCGAAGGGAGGCAAUUGAGAAAGCAAAGACACAACAAUAUUAUCAGACUGACCGAGUUAAGGCCUUUCAUGUGAGUAAUUAAUCCCACAUAAAGUGCAUAGCGAAACACAAAGAUUCUUCGUAUAAAAUUCAGAGAUAGCCUGAACUGUAAGCUGUACAAAUCCCAAGCAACCCGGGUGGAUGGGACUCGUUAGCCUUGGACGGCAACCUGUCUAAGAGAAGGCAAACUCUGAAUUUAAACCAGGAGCCAGAAUGAUCAACAAAUUGAUCGUGGGCACCUCAAAUAUAAGAAGAAGCUAGGUAUAUGCAGUAAAUAUUCAGGGUUGCAGAUAUAAUUACUGUCAAAAACUGAUUAUGCAGUUUUUUGAGUGUCAAAUGUAUUCUCUAAAUAUCGCCUAAUUUGAUAUACAAAAAUGAUAGGAGCUGAGAAAAAAAGAAAAAGGUAAACUGACAAUCAUUGAAUUUGUAAAUUGUUUGAAUUAAUUUUUAAUAUGUUUACAAAGUUAAUUUUAAAUGUGCUUAUUAGAGUGCACUGACCCUUACUGAAGUCUUGAAAGAGAGGGAAGCACAGCUUGAAUUAAAAAGACUUAAGGAGCAGGCAAUGGGAGACCAGGACAAGGAAUACCAAAAAAUAGAUAGAGAGUUGUAUGAGAUGACAAUUCAGGCUGACCAAGAAAAAGCCAGAGCUCGUUUGCAAGCUGCAAGUAGAACUAAACAAUUCCAAAUAGCACAGUAAGUUGUUUAUUAACAUAUUUUAAUGUAUGUUUUUAUAUUGUAUAAGCAUUGUACACUUAUAUUAUGGAUAUUGCAAAAUUUAAUUUAAAUUCAGUUAUGUGUUUAUGUUUAAUGAUGAAGGUAUUACUUGCAAGUCUAAAUAUGUAUUUUGUUUGUUAGAAGUAGUAAUUAAAAUGUAUUUUUUCUACAUUUUAUUACAUCAUGGUCAUCUGAGCUGCUUCCAAAUUUUAAGAAAAUUUUGUGAAAGUAGUAACCAGGACCUAUUCUGAACUAUUUGUCAUAAUCUAUCAGUGUUUUUUGAUACAGCAUUAUUUUAUGAACUUUACAAGAAAUUGAAAACAGGUUAUUGUAAUUUAAAAUAAAUUGUUAAAUAAUUAUUAUUUCAUUAUCUCUUUUACUGGUAUAAUUAUUUAGAAAUUUACUGUAAUGGUUUUAAUAUUUUAAUCAAGCCAUUAGCAUGUUAUUUAUAAAGAAUGAUUUUUUUAUAAGGUUUUGUAAUAUCCAUUCUCCAGAAUAAAUGAACACAUGAACAGUGCAGAGAAACAGAAGUUAGAUGAACUCAAAGAAGCUGAGGAAUUGAAAAAGUUGGCUGUGCAAUUCCAGAUUGAGAAGGAGAGACUUGAGAACAUAAGAAGAGAAGAAAGACUGGCAAUGCUCAAUGAAAACAUGAAGCAAAUUCAAGAUGUUGAAAAAAUGAAAGUUUUACAAGAAAAGCAAGAAGAGGUUGUUUUUUAAUGUAACAGAAAAUUCAUCUAUGAAUGCAUUUCCAUAAAGUUCACUCUGCCAUUAUCAGUUCUGGGUUUUAUAAUAAAACCUUAAAUUGAUUAUGAUUUAGUUCCUCACUGUAAUAAGUUCUUUUGCAAUUACUUUACAUGCUUUUUUCUUAAAAAUGUGUUUAUAUUUUAAUUCCUCUAUAAAUUACUUUUAAUUUUUAUUUGCUAUCAGGAAGAAGAUGAAGAAUGCAGAGUUUUUGCAGCAGCAAAAAGGAAAAUGAUGCAAUUACGAGCCCAGAAAGAGCAGGAAAUUCAAAAGUAUGUGGAUUUGACUUUUCUGUCAUUUUAUUAAUUUUUUUAUUUGUAAUUUUCUAAUUUCAUAAAAUACAUUUUUUUAAUACUUAUUCUUAACUUUUACAUUUAUUUUCAGUGAAAAACAAGCCCAGUUGGACAAAAUCCGCAAUAAAUUAUCUGUUCAGAUGAAGCAAAAGAUAAGUGAUGAAGAUAGUAGAAUUGUUCGUGCAGCUGAAGAAGCAGAGAUCAAAAGAGUUGAAGAAGAAAGAGCGAAGGAAGAAAAAUUGCUGAAAGAAAUAAAACUUCAAGCCGAGCACAGAAAUAAGCAGGUUUGUAAAGAAUAUACAUUUACAGGAGUAGAUUUUACCCAAAAAAUGGUGAUAAACAAUAAUUUUUUCAACACAGGAAAAUAAAAAAUUAGCAAAACAAAAAUAAGUGUUCAUCAAAAAGCAAAAUUACAAGUGCGGCAUAAAAAUAGUUUAUGAAAAUUAAAUAAGUAUUAAUAAUAAUUGCUUAAUUUCAGGCUCUGCCUUUACUGACUCAAAAUUGCCACAACGUCAAGAUUAUUAUUUCACAACCAAUUAUUUUCAGCUUCAAGACCGAAAUGAGAAAGCUAAGAGGGAAAGGAGAGAAGAGCUAGAGCUUCUUGAAAUGCGCAGGGCUGCUGAUGAAUUAUUUCACCAGAAUGAGGUUGAGAAAGCCAUCCGUCGUAAGCAAGAAGCUGAAGCACUUAGAAAUUUCCAUGUUGAUCAAUAUGUAAGUGUCAUCAAAUUUAAGCUUAAUGUCUUUAUGCCAUAAUUUAAACAAUUUCAAUGUACCAGUGAAUUUUUUUUUCAAAAUGCAACUUCCAUUGAAAGGUACAUUUAAGUAAAAAUGGCGAAAGAGUUCAUUACCUCUUUAAGGUUCCACUUUAGCUAGUUUAUGAUGACUUAAGCUUUCUAGGGCUGACUUAUUAGCAGAAACAUAAUACAAAUAUAAUAGUAUAGCGCAAACAAAAAAGCCUGUAUCACUAAAGUACACUAAUACUCCCUUUAAAUUUGAAAUAUUACUUUUAUUACACUUAUAUUUGAAAAGCACCCUAAGGGAAGUCAAUUUGUUGGGUUUGAAUGGAGUAAGGCAGGUCUUGCAGUGAUUAUGACCACAAGGCUUAGUUAUGAAAUGGGAAAGAGUUGUUCGGAAGUGGCCAUGAACUAAAGGUCACAUAAAUUCUUAACAUGUCUAAACACUAUGAGAGGGGGGUGCUAAGAAAAUGUUGUAUGCAGCUGGGUUAGCUAGCAAAAUGGCAUGAUUUUAAAAAAAUAGUUUAGCAUUGAGAUUAUAUAAGAAUAAGUUUAGCACUGUCCUCAUUGGUUUGAAUUCUUCAACAUAGUUGAUAUGUUAUAUCCUUUGUAAGGCAGAUGGGUAAUUCCUACUGUGGACAAAAAUUGAUAAUUUCCAGUGCUUUGUCAUAAAAGUCUUCAUCAGACUGACAAAAUCGAUGUAGUUGAAGUUGUUGUGUGAAGGGAAUAGAGUCCUUACAUGAUUUAGGGUGGGAUGAAGAGUAUAAUAAGUAGCUGUGGCUAUCAGUAGGUUUAUAAAAGGCUGAGUUGGAUAAACCAUCUGCUUAAAACACGACAGUUAUGUCCAAGAAGUUUACAGAAUUCUCAGAGACAAGAGAUGUAAACUUAAUGUGAGGGUGGAAAGAGCAGUUAAAAAUGUAUGAAAAGGUCAAGAUCAACCAUUUUCAUGGUGGGUAUGGCAAUGCCAUCAUUGAUGUUAAGUUUAUAAAAUUUGGGUAGGUGUCUUGUGUAAUUUUACUCCACCACAUGUUUAAAAUAUCCCAUGAAAAGGCAAAUAUUUCUGGGUCCCAUUUCACUACCCAUGGCAAAUCCGCUAACUUGGUUGAAAAACUGUCUGUUAAACUGAAUUGAAUUGAGGGUGAGUACAAGCUCAGCCACUCAAAUAAUGGUGUUGGUAGGUAUAGAGGGAUGAUGUUGAAACUCAAGGAAGUUUUUAAGAGCUGUAUGACCAUCUGCAGGACCAUCUGUACAGAGAGCAUGCAUCAAGAAAAAACAAGGUUUAUCCAAAUAUAAUUUAUAUUAAGAACAAUGGCAAUUGAAAGCCAAAGAGGUAGAGUUGACAAUUGUGUGUGCAUAAUCUAGAUGAAAUAGAAUAUCUGGAAAGAUUCACAUGAAUCUAUUAUAAGAAAAAUAGUGAAACCCUGGGAAUCAUAUUAUUGAAGAGUUGUUUUACUGACAUACUGUGGGUAAUCUACAAAAUACAUAAUUCUUGAGAACAACAUAUAAGAACAUGAAGUCGUAUACAUGGCUGGGGUACCGCGCUAUAUAAGACCACAGUAAUAAUAAUAUUUCUAUACAACAUUAGUUAGUGUUUAUUUCAAAAUAGCUAAUUACAUGCAGCCUGCAAACGUUUUUUUGGGUAUCAGUGUUCUGCAAAGCCUUUUAGGUGGGCCACCACUGGUCUAGAUGGGCAAAGGGCUGAUCUACUAGUACAUUAAAGAUUUAGCACCCACCCUAAAUUUGUAUAGACACCUCCGUUUAGGGUGGGGCUAAAUCUUAAUUUGUUGGAAGAGUGAGUAUUGAUGCUCCUUAUAUGGUGUGAACCCACUUAUUGCUUUGUUUGAAAUAGCGCAUAGGCUUUGGGGCCUUUCAGUAUUGUUGACUAAAAUAGCAAGGGGAUAACAGUUUUUGAAAUAAUAGUCAGGGUUGUAUUACUAGGGUGAAAACAGUAGUGAGGAUCGUAACAUUCUGUAAACGAAGCUAAGUCAAUGGGUUCAGAGGAUUCAUGACUAGAGAAUUUCAUUACCGGUAUCUCAAACAAAAAUGUAAUAUUAAGGGAUUCAAAUACAUUACAUUACGGGGGUCCAUGGAACAAAAAAACAUGUUUUUCAAAGUAGUUUUUUAAUUUUUGUUUCUACCAGAAUGAACGUGUCAACAAAGAAGAAGACAAUAAGAAAGCUCAACUUGGUCUGGAUCAAGCUAAUGUUGAACUUAUUGCGAAAGAGGAGUUACAAUUUCAGGAAUAUGCUAGAAAGGUCAGACAAAACAAAUUUUGACAGGCAUUAGAAAAAAUAAUUUAAGUGUUAACUGUUUAUAAAUAUAUAUGUAUUGCAUCAUGUCUAAAAAAUCAGUUUAGUAAAUAUUUCUCAAUCUUUGCAUUUUAAUCAUAUUGACCAGGUCAUUGACCACUGCAGACAAGGAGGCCGCAACGUGUAUCCCUUAGAGAAAGCAGCUGUAAUGGGAGCAGGAGGUGGAUUGGGCCCAACUUUUCCAGGCAAAGGAGGAGUUAGGCCUAGCUAUAUGGUGGCUGACAACUCAGGUGUUCAGAUGCCCCACUAUCAAAGAGACUCUACUAAUGAAACCAAACUACAAAUUAAUGGGAAAAGUCCUAGCAAAAAUAGGAUGGGUUUUGUAUGGUAGAGCCAUACACUGUUUACUCUUUUUCUCUGAGUUACUAAAAAUGUAAAUGAAAAAUAAUAAAUAUACAUAGUGCAAAUUUCCAAUUGACAGCAUGAGGAAAAAUAUAAUGUAUUAAAAUAAAAAUAAAUAUAUCUGUUUUUGGCACUUUAAAAAAAAUCAGUUUUUUUAUCCUGCUAAUGUUUAAAUUUUGCUUAAGUAUUCAAUCACCUACCAUGAAAUUUUUAGUUUAAAUUUAAACAUUAUAAAUUAUAUAUUUUAUUAAUUAUUUCACUAUGGAAUGGUAAUAAGGAAUGAUCAUCCUUAAGUUGUAUCGAAAUCACAAUUUUAUUUGAAGGGCUAUAAAAAGAACUUUUUAAAAACCUGGAAGCUGCACCUGAAAAAAAAUAAAAUGAAAGAAUUUGAUGAAAUAAUAUAAGAGUCCAGAUCAUGAAUUCCUAAUUUUAUAUGACUAUAGACAUGAUGGAGCCCUGGUUCCCAACCCAUUGUUUGUGUCUCCCCAAAUAUGGCUCAUGGGGGAAAGGUUGUGUGUGUGUGUGGGAGGGGGGGAGUUGUCUAUGGGGUUGCUGGCUGAAACAGUAACAAUUAAAAUUAUUUUUUUUACAUGAAAAUUUUUUAAUUGUCGUAAUGAAGGUUUAAGUUUAACAAUUCAUUAUACGACUUCUGUUUUGGUUUGGGUUUCUUGUAACGAAUUAUUAUUUUUUUUUAAUGUGUCGGGGUUGUGGAUCACUUUGCUUUUAAAAAUGGGGUUGGGAUUUUUUUAAAAAUUGGGAACCUGCAUGAUAGAGCAUAACUGUGAUGAUUUAUAUCUGUGCACCUAUUAUUGUGACUUGUUUUAAAAUUUAAUUAUAGUCAUGUAUAGUUAUUAACAAUUUAAAUUAAUACCCAGAUUCUUAAUGAAUUCAUAGUAAGUAACUUGAGAAGUGAGUAAGAAAACUUUAAAAAAUAUAUAUUAAAAAAUUAUUGAACUUCAAACAGGUCAAAGGAUAACAUUUUUUUUUUUUUUUUUGGUAUUAAUAAUAAUAUUAAUCUGCAGACCAAUCCUGGUAUUUCCCUUCCAUUACCUAGUUCUUAACUACUAAGAUCUAAUUUGUUUUAAAAUUUAAUUAUAUUUAUGUAUAGUUAUUAACAAUUUAAAUUAAUACUCAGAUUUUUAAUGAAUUCAUAGUAAGUAACUUUAGAAGUGAGUAAGAAAACUUUAAAAAAUAUAUAUUAAAAAAUUAUUGAACUUCAAACAGGUCAAAGGAUAACAUUUUUUUUUUUUUUUUGGUAUUAAUAAUAAUAUUAAUCUGCAGACCAAUCCUGGUAUUUCCCUUCCAUUACCUAGUUCUUAACUACUAAGAUCUAACUCAAAGAUUUUCCAACUUUUCCGGCCACCACUCCUUUGAAUUGGAGCAAAUUAACUCGUUUUGGUAGCCCCCUUCGAACCCAAGCAUAUUAGCAUUUUCAGAAUAUAGUUUGUGACUAUAAUUACACAAGGAAAUGUAAAACUGUAACAUAUAUUUGAACAAUUAAUCAAAUUUAAAAUGAAUAACUGUAUUUGUAUAUAAAUUCAUUUGAUCAAGAAAUACCUUAGUAGGAUCAUUAUUUAGCAUGUUUUUUUGCUUAUAAAUUUUUGGCUCAGUUAUAAAGUCCAUUUUUAAAAAAAGUCUUUGUGUUGUCACCUAAAUUCUAUCAUCCUUUCCUUGUUACUGACAAUGAAAACUAAAUAAAGUUCCUAAUCCUCUUUUUAAUUUAUAAUUUUAAUAUUUAUGAAAUAUAAAUAUUUCCAAUAUAAUUUCCUAAAUGUCUCCUCCAAGAGUCAUUCCCCCCCCCCCAAGCAGCCCACUUUGAGAAUCACUGGUCUAAAUAGUGGCAUCAUCGCUGUAACUCUUUAAACUCUAUAGUCAGGUUUUGAAAACUUAACAUGGCCUGCUUAAAACCUUAUAACUUGAAAUUUAAUUUUUAAAACAUUUCAGUGUUGUAUGAGUUAUGGAAUCACUAAUCUUGAUUUUAAAUAUUUUAAUAUUUUUUUACUUUUAAAAAAAAAGAUUAUUGUUUUAAAUAGAUAUUUUAAAAGUAAAUAUGCAUUAUUUAUUAUAUUUUUAAAACGAUGCAUCUAAACAAGUUUUCAAAAGAUUUAGAAAUUGUUGGGGCUUUUCUUGUUUAUAUUGCCUUUUCUAAAUGCAGAUGUUGAAAAAAAAACUUUCUGCAUUGUUACACUAAUAUUAGAGAAAAUGUCAAAAUGAGCUAGUUUGUUAUGAUUUUAUAAAGCAAAAUAUAAUUUAUUAUUUGUUACAGUACAUCAAUGUCUUUUUUGUUAGCUACUUUAUAAUUUAAAUGUUUGUUACAGGUUCUCUAGAUGUGGAUGAAAUGCACCUUCUUUCCUACGAACCACUCUGUCUUAAGAGAACAUCUUAGAUUUAUCUCUAAAAAUAUGUAACAUUUCUCCUAUUUCUAAGGGAAUAUUUUAUUAAAGGUUGUAAAAUAAAUUAGGGUGUAAAACAAGAGUUUGCAAAAUAUGAAGGUAUGAAGAAAUUUUUUGUACAUGGUUUUAUAUAAAUUGAUUUCCCCUUUGUCUUGGUAAAAUCUUGUAAUCAAUUUUUAACCACUUCUACUAAACUUCAUCUGAACUUCUUGAAUUUUUGUAUACGUAUCAAUCAUAUGUCACUGUUGGGCUUUAGUAUAUUAAGUAAGCUUAAUGUGUCUAAAUUCCCAUUUUAGUAAAAUGAAGCCAGCACCUGGUGCCAACACUCAAAAGUUCAAAAUACGUUAACUUAAUACAUGGCUACAAUGCUUUUGGGAGUAUUUUUUUACUGCACAAAACAAUGGAACAAAUGGUACAACUUCAAGGUGAAGUAAAAAAUUAUUGAUAAGAGAUCCUAGUAGAUUAGAAAAUUUAAAAGAUGUACACAC